UAAGAAAUCUGCAUGUUUGUGAUGACUGGCAGCACCGGCGCCGGUUGCUAUAGUGUGCAUUCGAGGUGGUAGUGGUGAAGGAACCACCGCUUGUUGAAGGAAAUCAGCUGUGCGGUCGUUCAGUAUUUUGAAUUUCGCGUUCGUGAGCGGUCGCGUCUCUCCACAUAGUCAUAACAUCAUCAUCAUCAAACAUCAGACUUUUCACUACACUCUCUCAAGCAGCUGCAUCAUCGAGAAAAAUUAAAACCCAUCUGGGAUUAAAUCGCCAACCAUGAGCACCAAACAUCUGUCCAAAGGAUCCAAGAAUCCCGCUGCCUUCAAGGGAAAGUUGCGACUGUACAGCAACAGAUUCUGUCCGUACGCCCAGAGGGUUCAUCUCGUUUUGGAUGCUAAAAAGUUACAAUAUGAAACUGUGUACAUAAAUCUAGUCAGCAAACCGGAAUGGUACACGAAGAUAAGCCCGAUGGGCAAGGUUCCCGCUUUGGAGUUGGAAAACGGCGAUGUCAUCUACGAGAGUCUGAUCAUCGCCAAUUAUCUGGAUGAGAAGUACCAUCAGAACGCUCUGCAUCCGAAAGAUCCUCUGCAGAAAGCCAAAGACAGCCUGCUGAUUGAUAGAUUCAAUAAGAUUGUUACGUCGAUGAACAAAGUGCUGCUGUCCACUGGCAGAACGCUCGACGAUCAAGAGAACAACAUCCGCGAAGGUCUGGACAUCUUCGAGUACGAGCUGGGCAGAAGAGGUAAUUUCUUCGGAGGCCACAAACCCGGAAUGCUGGAUUACGUAAUUUGGCCGUGGGUCGAGAGGGCGGAACUUCUGAAACUCUUCAACACGAGACUGAGCCUGAGGAAGGACAAGUACAAGAAGUUGAUGGAAUGGAAGAACGCGAUGAUCGAGGAUAAUUCCGUGAAGAAGACCUACCUGGAUACGAACAUGCACAUUAAAUUCUUGCAGUCGCUGCGGGCCGGAAUGCCCGAAUGUGACCUCAUCCUGUCGCAGCUGUAAUUCCACCAUUAAGAUGAUUCUUAUUCGGUCGAUGAUGCUGUUAAUUAUUAUUAUUUAUGUUUUUAAUAACCGUAUAAGAAAUGCAUUUAUUACUGUGUUACGUUUAUUGAGGUUGUGGUCGAUUCCUGAGCCUUUCAGUGCAAAAACACUGAUCGGUUGCAUUUCCUUUCUUAUUUCUUAUUUAUAUC